CCAACAACUUUAAACCUCAAAGAGAGGAAGGUGAAACAUGAAACUCUAAAAGAGAUAACAAGCAAAGCAAAUGGCACCACCACCAUCUCUUCCCUUCCUCAUCAAACUUUUCAUGAUCCUCCUCUUAGCAUCCACACCAACAGCCUCAACAACAGUGUGCCAUGACACAUGUGGUUCAAUACAAAUCAAGUAUCCCUUUGGCACAGGUCCUGGUUGCGGGUCCCCACUAUUCAACCCUUACAUAACAUGCAUAUCCAAUGGAACAUUAGACCAACUCAUCCUAAAAACUCACACAUCUUCAUACCCUAUAACUUCCAUAUCAUACACCACUUCCACUCUCAUUCUCACACCACCCUGCAUGUCUACUUGCACCACCAUGCAAACCUCACCAAACUUUGGCCUAGAUUUAACCUCACCUUUUCAAAUCUCUUCCUCAACUUUCAUCCUUUUAUCUUGCCAAAGAAAAAGUUCAACCAUAUGUGACACUUCUUUUGAUUACCUUUGUGCUUCUAUUUACUCUUGCCCUGAAGUUGUCUCACUUGGUUUGCCUCUUUUCCCUCCUACUAACACUUGUUGUGUGUACACACCGGGGAACCUCGACGGCGAAGGAGAGUUGAAUGUUAAGGGAUAUGAUUGUGGUGGUUAUACUUCAGUUGUGUCACUUGGUGAUAACCCUACUGACCCUACUCAUUGGGUUUAUGGAGUGGCUUUGAAAUAUACUCAUGGUGCUUUUGAUAACUUCGUGACUACUAAAUGUACUAGUUGUGAAAGUAGUGGUGGUAUAUGUGGAUUUGCUCCUCCAGGAAAUGGUUUUGUUUGUGUUUGUAAAGGUGGAUAUAAUACUAGUCUUGAUUGCUCUAGUUAUAAUCAGAACCAGGAUUACCUUUGGGACUCUGUCCCUCAUCCUCUCAAGUCCUCCUUUGGAAAUGUUUGGAGUCCCAUUUUGGCUGGUAUAAUUUUGAGCUUAGUCUAAUCAGAGGAAGAUGUUGCUGGGUUGAUUAUUUUAUUAACAACAACAACAACAACAAUUAACUGGUUAAGUACUUUGUCAAAAAAAAUAAAAAACUGGUUAAGUAAUAAAAAGGAGGUCAUCAUCAGCCUUCAUGCACAAAAGUUGCUUACAUUUACAAAAAAAAAAAAAUCGAAUAAAGCUAUUGAGCAUCCAUUCCUAUGUUGAAGUCUAGUGUAUCGUUAUCUCUGUAAAAAUAUAUGCAUGGUGAAAAUGUUAAACCGUUUUAUAAUUUUAUUU